AUGGUGGACUACUACGAGGUGCUGGGCGUGCCGCGGCACGCGUCGUCCGAGGCCAUCAGGAAGGCGUACCGCAAGCUGGCGCUCAAGUGGCACCCGGACAAGAACCCCGACAACAAGGAAGACGCGGAGCGGCGCUUCAAGCAGGUGGCCGAGGCCUACGAGGUGCUGUCGGAUACCCAGAAGCGCGACGUGUACGACCGCUGCGGCCGGGCCGGGCUGGAGGGCUGCGGCGCGGGCGGCGGGCCCUGCGAGGACAGCUUCCAGUUCGUCUUCACCUUCCGCGACCCCGCCGACGUCUUCAGGGACUUCUUCGGCGGCCGGGACCCGGUCUCCUUCGACUUCUUUGCGGACCCGCUGGAGAACCUUCUCGGGAGUCGGAGGGGUUCCCGGGGCAGCCGAAGCAGAGGGUCGGGCCCGCUCUUCGCCUCCAUGGGCGAAUUUCCAGCCUUUGGGGGCGGGUUUUCUGCCUUCGAUACAGGAUUCACCACCUUCGGUUCCCUGGGAAACGGAAGCCUUUCCUCCUUCUCGGUGUCCGGUGGCGGCGGCGUAGGCACCUUCAAGUCUGUGUCCACCUCCACCGAGAUGGUUAACGGCAGAAAGAUCACCACCCGAAGGAUCGUGGAGAAUGGGCAGGAACGGGUGGAAGUGGAGGAAGACGGAGAGCUCAAGUCGCUGAUUAUAAAUGGCAAAGAGCAGUUGCUACACAUCGACACCCAGUAGUCUGAGUCACCUGACAGCCGAACGCGUGUUUCAGCAAGUAACGGGACCUUUGAAACAGUUGUGGGCCAACUCUACUCCGACAACAGCUGUCCCCCAGGAUUUAUAAACGGCUCCUUCCUAUGCCUGCUUUGUUGUUAUUGUGGGGGGCCA